ACAUUUUCCCCAAGCUCCACCUACUCUCUCUCAAACCCUCUUCCCCAGCUCUUGCUCUCCUAGCAGCCUCCUCCCUAUCUUUAGGCCCUCAGUCUGCCCUUAUUUAUCUUCGUCACCCUUCCUGCACUUUCCCUGUAGCUCUUGCACUUUAUUCCGCAUUAUUUUAUCGUUUUGUACUUCCCCAACGCACUAAUGAUUUGAUCUGUAUGAUCAGCAUUUCGCAGACAGGCUCUGCACUGUAUAUUAGUACACGUGACAAUAAUAAGCUAAUUCCGAUAGCCCUUUAUUCCCCUCUGCCCUCCCCGGCCCGGUGCAGCUCGAACAGGGCAACAGCCGGAAGGCUGGCUGGCUGGCGGGCGGCGAGCGGCGUGGUGACAGCCGGCCAUAAAGCAGCUUCGGGUAACUCUCCACGAACAGAAAGCGAGCGGAUGGACGCCGCAGUCGCUCAGGGUCUGUAGGAGCCCGGCCUACAGUCUGAGCUCGGAACCCAGCGGCAGGGCCGCCGUUGUAGCGCGGACAGUGGCCGGGAGGGACCGGUACUUCCGUUGCUCUGGAGAGGAGCUCUUCAACAAUGGCCUGGAAGUCGCCAGUUCUUUUUGGUACUGGAGAUCGAGUCGUAGAAAUGGAAGAUACAGAAGUUGAAAAUCUUGCCGUGUCUAUUUCAUCUGAUGUUGAUGCCGAGUUUGAUGCGGUCAUUGGGCACAUAGAAGAUAUUAUUAUGGGUGAAGAAUUUCAGGUGCUACAGCGACAUUUUAUGGACAAAUACUACUUAGAGUUUGAGAAUACUGAAGAAAACAAGCUCAGUUACACAUCAAUUUUCCAAGAAUAUGUCGAUUUGUUAGAGAAGUACAUCGAACGACAGUUAAUAGAGAGAAUACCAGCCUUCGAUAUGACUACAUUUAUUACAUCAUUACAGCAACAUAAAGAUGAAAUAUCUGGAGAUAUAUUUGACAUGUUGCUGACCUUCACUGAUUUCCUGGCUUUCAAAGAAAUGUUCCUUGACUACAGAAUGGAAAAGGAAGGGCACGGCCUUGACUUUAGUGGUGAUCUCAUAGUGACGCCCUUAUCAAAAUCCUCAUCGUUGUCUCCAGCUUCAAAUAAUAUUCUACCUUUGCAAUAGUUUAACUGAAUAUUUGUAAAGUUCUGCAUUUUUUCCUGUACAGUGAUGUAUUCCAUCCAUGAUGAUGAAACAGGCAUUUUGAUAUGUUUCAGUAUUCUCUAGGGAAGUUUGUACAGGCACAUUCUAAAGCUCAGAAGUCUUCAACACUUUGGGAAUCCAACCUAUCCAAGAACUCAAGACAACAAUUUUGCAACCCUUAAAUCCAGUCCAAUGUAGGUUACAGUCUACAUUUUAUCCUUUUCAAAUUGGAAUAGUGAUAGCUCCCUUUCAGAUUUUGCUUAGAAUAUAGAACACUACAAGACAGUACAGGCCCUUUGGCCCACAAUGUUGUGCCAACCUUUUAAUCAAUUCUAAGAUCAAUCUAACCCUUCCCUCUUACAUAACCGUUCAUUUUUGUAUCAUCCUUAUUCCCUAUUGAAGAGUUUCUUAAAUGACCCUAAUGUAUCUUACCACCUCUGGCAAAGUGUUCCGUACACCCACAACUCUCUGUGUAAAGAACUUGCUUCUGACAUUCUCCUCCCCCUCUGUCCCAUACCUUCCUCCAGUCACCUUAAAUGAUGCCCCCUUGUUUUUGCAGACUGUUUCUAUUCGUUCUAGGAGUCAUGAAAAGUUGCAAUUUUCCAGAGUUUUUGGGAGCCAUAUAAAUAUUGUAACUGGAGGCAGAUAUUAUUGUUGUUCAGGAAACAAAGGAAUUAAUUAUGCUUUAAGUCAAACCAAGUCCACUUUUAAGUCCUGAUGCAGGACCUUGACUCAAAAGUGAGCAAGUCUGCCACCCUCCAGCAAAUUGUUUGUUUCAUGUGCCAACAUUUGCAGUCCUUUGUGUCUGAAUUUUUGGAAAAUUAACUCUGAACUCCAUUGAAUUAUAUCCUAUUGACCUGAAUAACCACAUCCAGAAACAAUGUUUCCCUUGUUUUCUGCACCCACCCACUUCAUAUUUCAUUCUGACCUAAGGCCGGUCAGCUCACAGUCCAUUCCAACUCCUGGAGCCGACAAUCCCAUUAGUUCCAUGCCCCUUCUUCAUUUCCUUUCAUCAUGCAAAUUAUUUCUUAUCACACAUGCCCAAUCCAUUCCUUUUGUCACUUACUCUACACAUUCAUCUACCUGCCCGUCUUUAACGUGUGGGAGAAAACCAGAGCAACCAAUGGAAACCUGUACAGCCACAAAGAAAAACGUGCAAAGUGCAGGCACAGACUGCAUCUAAGAUUAGCACUGAAUCCGAGUCUCUGAAGCUGCACCAGUUGCUGUGACACUCUGGCCCCUUUCAUCUUGCAGAGUAAUCCACUGUGUGUAAAAUGAAAUCAUCCUCCCUGAGCUGACUGGAAUCUUUAAAUCCAGGCAACACUAAAUCAGGUUUUAACAUCUCCAACUGCCUAAAUUCAAAUUAUACUUUAACUUGUCAUAGCACUGUAAUAUUGUCUGAACUGAAACCAAGACUUCCACAGAGAAGUUGGCCAUUGUCUUAAUAACAAUAUGCACACAACUAACAAUCUCAAACAUCCAAAGUUUUUGGCAUCUUGAUUAGAGAAUACCAUAUCAUUUUGACUUGCUUGAAACAUUUUUGUGAGAUAUCAGUAUAGGCAGUUAGGUGUUCUUUUACCACUUAAUUUCUAUUCAUAUGACUGCUUAAUUGUCCAGUACUAUUGAUUGUUUAUUCCAGUUAAUGGAUUUAACUCAGCCUUUUAGUGUUACUCAGUUCAACAUGUAAGAAAGAAGAUUUUGUUAAGAAGAGUGCAGAGUAUUAUGGCUUUCUUAGUAAAGAAAAGUGAAUGUGUCAUUUUAGCUUUUGUUUCACUGUGGCUUGUGAAUGUUUAUAUUUUCAUAUUUGUACAUACUUUUAUUCCAAUGUAUUUUGAAUAAAGGAUUGCUGA